AAAAUUUUCCAGAAGAAAAACCUCUUGCUACAACAUUUAAAGAAGUGUCUUCAAUUUUAAAAAAAUUACAUCCAAAACGAGCUCUUGACAUAGUGCAAACUUCAAAUUUUAUUUUAAAACAGUUACCAAUUUCAUUUAAUCGUUUAUUAGAAAAGAAUUUAUUUCCAAACUGGGCUAAAAUUGCCAGAAUGUUCUGUAAUACGAAAUCGAAUGCUUAUCCGAGGAAGAACGACCUACGUCCUAUCUCAAUAUUAUAUGCCACUGGAAAAGUGUAUGAAAAGGUGCUACAUCCAGAAUAUCACACUUGGCUCAAAGAAAACAAGAUUAUUCCACAUCAACAGUCUGGCUUUCAAGCUAAUAUUCGUUUGCAAACCAGAGUACUAUCCGUCUAUGAAGAAGCUCGACAAUAUAUUGCAACAAAUCGACCAGGAUUGAUUCUGUUUGUUGAUUUUGUUAGUGCAUUCGAUAAGGUGUGGCAUAAAGCAUUACUUGUUAAGUUAGCACGUUUUCAUCUUCCAUCUCGUCUUUGGUUAUGGUUGAGGAGUUGGUUGUCUGAUCGUUCAGCCUAUGUGUCAUUCGGUGGUUCAGAAUCGGACGUUU